AAGAAAAAAGUAGUAUGGAUAGCUUAUAUGUUCAUUUAUUUUUUGGCUUUACAAUUAGGGUAAUUUUUAUUACAUAUGGGAUUAUUCAAGAUUCCAUUUCUGAAGUACAGUUUACAGAUAUCGAUUACAAAGUUUUUACAGAUGCAGCUAGAAAUAUUAUUAAAGGUGGUUCUCCUUAUGAUACAGCCACUUAUAGAUAUCCUCCCUUAAUAGCAGUUUUAAUGAUUCCUAAUGUUCUCUAUCAUCCUUGUUUCGGAAAGAUAUUGCUGUCUUUUAUCGAUUUAGCCGUUUAUUAUUUGUUAUGUAGAAUAUUAGCUUUGCAAGGUUUGACAAAAGAAAGAAGUAAAAGAUUUGCGUUAGUUUGGUUGUAUAACCCUUUGUCAAUUGUAAUUACGACAAGAGGCAAUGCUGAUUCCGUUUCUGCGUUUUUUGUUAUACUGACUUUGUAUUUUUUCAAUAGAAAAUGGUUUAGCUGGGCUGGAGUUGUACAUGGAAUUGCAGUUCACAUUCGACUUUACCCUAUUGUUUUCAGUUUACCCCUUUACAUUUCAAUUAUCGACUCCCAUGAGAAUAAAUUUAUACAGAUGUUAUUUCCAAACAAAUCUCGUAUCUUAUUUGUUGCUUCCUGUGCCUUAGCUUUUGCUGGUCAAACAGGCCUUUGUUAUUUACUGUAUGGUUAUGAAUUUCUAUAUGAAAGCUUUUUGUAUCAUCUCACAAGAAUUGACAUCCGUCACAACUAUUCUGUAUAUUUCUAUCUGAACUACCUGAAUUAUGGAUCUGAUCCCAUUCUUGUCAAUAAGGUAAUAACCCUUUUACCAAUAGUGGUAUUACUUUUAGCCUUGGCUUAUUUCUACAGUACUCCGAGGCAUCUGGCUUUUUGUGAAAUGAGCAUGGCUUUCGUUUUGGUCAUGUUCAAUUCGGUCGUGACCUGCCAGUAUUUCAUUUGGUACCUUUCACUCCUACCGUUGUGCUUGCCGAAGAUGACCUGCUCAUGGAAAGAGUUGUUCCUCGUCAGCAAUUUUUGGUUCGCCUCACAAGCCGCUUGGCUCCUCCCAGCCUAUCUGCUCGAGUUUAAGUCUAUGGAUACAUAUCUGUACAUUUGGAUCCAGUGCCUUGUUUUUUUCUGGGCGAAUGUUAUCGUACUUACUUCUUUUAUAAGGAGUUACGAUGUUAAAAAAGUUAAAUCUAAAUAAUUACUUAUUUUGUUUGGAAUUUUUUUCCUGAAGAAUGGACUUGAAGUGUUGAAGUUUUAACAAGUGCUAAAACUAAGUUCAGUGCCAACAGAAAAUUGGUAAAUUGUAAGCAACAAAGAAAUCUUUUUUACUAAAGAGUUGAAUGUGUAUAAAUUGCAUGGAAGAAAAAGCAAACGAAGAAACAAUUUGAAAAACGUA